GUAUUCCUGCUUGAGCAACACAGUGUCCAAGAGUGGAUCAAUGUUCCUCUGGUAUUCUACCACUAGAGCUAGAACUCAGUUCUCCUAAUCUCUCAUCAGCUUCAAAUAGUGAAAACAAAUAUUCCGCCAUUGUUUAGUUUUUUUCUCUUCAUGGAGAAUGUAUUGUUUAUUGUGUAUUAUUGUGUGGUAAUGUGAGUGUUGGAAUGAGUGUGUGUGAAGGAGGAUGAAUGUGUAUAUGGAGGAGGGUAGAGGGAGGCUGCUAGGAUAGCCAGGGCUGGAGUGUUCUCACCAACCCUGGAGGAUCCUCACACUCAAAACUAGAGUUUACCACACCAUCUCCAAGGGGGUGUGGCAGUAGGCGUGGCGACCUUACUCCCUCCCGCCUCCCUCAUUAAGGAAACUGAGCUGAGUGAGUGAAGAUAAAGUGAGGUUGUGUGAUCAGGUUGGAUCAGAGAAGGAUCAGGAGAAGGAUCGGAGUAUGGUAGACCUGGAGCAUCUCAAGGCCGAGAUGAAUGGUAGUGGUUAGGAUAAAAGACUGGUAUUACAAGCCGAGGAGCGGGGGCGGGACGUGCUGGACACGCCCACCCCCAAUCAGCCAUGUCUGGAGAGGAUCGACGAGGAACUGGAAGCUCGGACAGGAGACCGGUUAAAGUCUGGAACGCGAAGAGAAAUAUAAAGAAGGCUCUUGUGGUUGGAACGUACGACGAGUUCCUUCGGAAAGGACGGGAAAAGCUGUGUCUUGGAGGAGGAGAAUCCCUCCGGGUAGUCCUAGAGACUGAUGGAACCCAGGUAGAAGAUGCAGAAUACUUCCAUACUCUACCAGAGAACACAAUCUUUAUAGUUCUCCGAACCGGAGAAGCUUGGACUCCACCAGGAGAAGAUAUUGUAUCUCAAGUGGUAUCUACUAUACCAAAGAUAGUGUGUGAGACCCUGGCAGCUCUAGGUUUGCAGGAGGAGAUUCCAUCCUGGAAGAUCAUGGAUAACAAGGGGAAGAUAACGGUGGUUCUUCAUUGGGAGAAGGAUCAUCCACCUGGUCAUCCACCAAACCUACAGGUUGGGUUACCUAACUCCAGUCUGAGUAGAGGACCGUCAAGACAGUCCUCCACCACCUCAAACCUGGCAGGGAGCGGGGGUAGACUACUCGGAGUAAAUCCUAGAUCCAGAUCUUCCGUUGCUUCAACUCCUUGCCUGAGCAGAGAUAAUUCUCGAAACUCGAGUUCAGAUCCUAGGCAUCUCCACCAGCAGCAGGGGCUGAUGAUGCAAAACAGUGGAGAGUCAGGAUAUAAUAUGCAUUCUCUUAUAUCCAAGGAAGGGAAGAGAGAGAACGUGAGUAACGAUGUCUACAAGAAGUGUGUCGGACAAACCCCUCAGGUGACUGUGAUAAACGCGGAUUCUGAUCAAAUGCCUCCUGGAACAGCUAAAACAAGUUCAGCAGGACACCUGCUAGGAGCCAGACCUAUCAUUCAAGGAGCUCCAACUCCCCGCCAACUCUCAAGGCAGGGCAGCUCACUUGAAAGCUCUGCAUUGCAUACGCACACUGUAGAAUGUGCUGGAGGUGGAGCUAGGCUGCAUCAGCCGACCACUAAUCACAGUCGAGGCUCCCCUACUUCCAACGAAUGUGAUUUCCACUGCUGUUCUCUGCACGCGGGUCAUUCUACGCACAAAAAUGCCGCAACUUCGCCAAUACAGGCGGAGGAUGGUAGACGAACAUUACCAAAAGGUGCUCAUGUCAGAUUCGAUGUUGAAACCAGAGGAUCUCAUACUAAAUGUGAUGCAAUCAUACAGAUGGAUGAGACGGAGAAUGGAGGAGAAAGUUCAGAUUCUGACGGAGAUGGAGGAGAGGGUGAGGAGGGAGUGACAACCACCAAAUUUCUUCUCCUGGUUGAUCAACUGUCUAUAGAUCAGAAGCAUCAUCUCUCAAUCAAGGAUAUUGGAAUCAUCCUGGAAAGGUUGAGCAGUAAAAUUCUGGAUGUAGAGAGGUUGGAUAGGGAUAAGGAGGAUACGGAUAUAUUCAACUGGACUAUUAAAGCAACCAUUCGUGGUGAUGUGAUGCGAGAGUUAGGAGUUAUUUAUAACUCUAAUUACUAUUCAAUCAGCGAGCAUCCUGCAUACCUACCAGACCCGGCUUCUCCAGAAACAGAAGAAAUUGGUGAAUAAAUCUAACCCUGUCUCAAGACGCAAGAACGCGUCCUAUUCGUUUACUCACGAUACUUAUGAGGAGUUAAAAACUUUGAACCACUGCCUCCUUUAAAGAUAUGAAAAAAUCUAGUAAAUUAGUUGAUUUUAGGACAUCUCAAAAAUAAUGUAAGGUUGCAUCAACGUUUGAAAUAGAUUAAAAAUAGUGUACUGUGUACAUUGCAGUUUAAUUACACGGUGCACUGCAUGCACAGAAUAACAGUACUGUUCUGUGCAAUGUACACUGUGCACUGCGGAGAAUAGCAGUUUUGCGCUGUGCAGAGCAUAUUACUUUUGUGAAGUGGAUGUUGCACAGAAUUACUGCACUGGGCAACAAACAUCAUAACUGUACUGUGCACUGUGCAUCAUAACUGUACUUUGCGGCAUAACUGUACCAUGCAGCAUAACUGUACUUUGCACUGUGCAUCAUAACUUUACUAUGCAGCAUAACUGUACUGUGCACUGUGCUACAUAUCUGUCCUCUGCACUGUGCAGCAUAACUAUACUGUGCACUGUGCAGCAUAGCUGUACUGUGCACUGUGUUACAUGACUGUACUGUACACUGAGCAGCAUAACUAUACUGUGCACUGUGUUACAUAACUGUUCUGUGCACUGUGCAGCAUAACUAUACUGUGCACUGUGCAGCAUGACUGUACUGUGCACUGUGUUACAUAACCUUUCUGUGCACUGUGCAGCAUAACUAUACUGUGCACUGUACAGCAUAACUGUACUGUGCACUGUGUUACAUAACUGUACUGUGCACUGUGCAGCAUAACUAUAUUGUGCACUGUGUAGCAUAGCUGUACUGUGCACUGUGCAGCAUAACUAUACUGUGCACUGUGCAGCAUAACUGUACUGUGCACUGUAUUACAUAACUGUACUGUGCACUGUGCAGCAUAACUAUAUUUUGCACUGUGUAGCAUAGCUGUACUGUGCACUGUGCAGCAUAACUAUACUGUGCACUGUACAGCAUAACUGUACUGUGCACUGUGUUACAUAACUGUACUGUGCACUGUGCAGCAUAACUGUACUGUGCACUGUGCAGCAUAGCUGUACUGUGCACUGUGCAGCAUAACUAUACUGUGCACUGUGCAGCAUAACUGUACUGUAAAACAGAAACCAAGAAGUUUAACCAUCUUAUACCUUCAAGAGUUAUUUAAAAGUUUUAAGCUCUAUAAAUUGUUGUCUGAGCAGAACAAAAUCAUGCAUCUACUCAAGUACAGCUGACGUUGAAAUCCCUAAAUUUAAAGUGUCAUCUUUCACGUGUUUGACUGAAAGUACCGCAAUAUAUGUUAAUGUCCCCAUCUCAUGUUAUACCCUCAGUAGAGGGUAAAGUACGGGUAGCAGAAUAUGCUGAGCAUGUGCCAAACCAAUCUCUAGGUAUUCAAGUAGUUCUUCGAGAAAUAUGUCCGAGUCCGUAUCUGCCUCUACAGGUGAUAUGUUGGCUCGGGAGAAAAUAUCUUUCUCCUAUUUAUUGUGAGAUUAUACUUAGACCUAUGUUUCUCUAUGGAAUCGUAUUCUAAGGUAUCCGCUAAAGCAGGAGAGAGAAAAUUAAAUAUACACACAAACAUUUUUUGUCAAAAUCCCGUCAAUAACAAGAUUCUUUAAUAUUCAAAUUAUUUGUAAACCAGUUUUCCUGAUGCUGCAUUUUCUGGUCGCAUUUAAUUCAUAUCAAUUUAGAACAUUCAGUCACAGAGUAAUUAAAUUGAGAAAUGUUUUUGUGUGAAGAUUGUUGUUCGAAAAUUUCAAAAUUGUAUAUUUUGGACACAUCUUCCAAGGUGUUGAAGGCUGGUAUUUGAUUUUAAUAGCCGCCAUUUUGAUUUACAUAUUUCAACAGAAAUUGCGGGAAAUGGAAAAGAAAACUGGCGGCUGAUUAAGUAAAACUCUGGUGUUCAACUUGAUUUAUUUGCUCCUGAUGGGGAGAAUGCCGCGGAAGAGUGCCACAAUUGCUACGAAUUUGGUCGUAAUUUCAACAGUUUUAAAGAAAAGGUUACUUUGUAAACAGGAUUGUCUUUUUUUAAUUCUCAAUUUCUUAAACACAAUUUGGUAUUAAUUCAUUAACAAAUUCCUAAGUUGUAAACUUUUCAGUUGCUCAUUUCUUUAUAUGAAUAAUUAGCAUAAGUAUAUUGGUAUAUUUAAGGCAUAAUAAUAAUCAUUUUUUGAUUCUAGAAAAUAUGACUAGUUUUUACAUUUUACAAAUUAUACGCAGUUUUCACUUUUUGAAAAUAUUUGUUGUGAUGCCCCUCCCCUCCCCUUUACUUGCUCAAAAUAUGAGUGUUAACUAUCAGUUUAAACUGAAACCGAGCAAGCUGUAUAUAUUAAUAAAAAAAUCAAUAAUAGCGAAUAAACACAUCGCAGCUUUGGUCUUGAAAAAUGUGCACAAUAAACCGCUCAGGCGUUCUUUUAUACUUGCAACAGGAUAGAAGAAAUUACAAAAUAUACGAAAUGUUGUUUUUAAUAAAUUCUACGACAGUUUGAAUAAUUGGUUGCUGACACUGAUAUAUUUUUUAACAAAUGUUUAAUGAUGCAAAAAAAAGCCUUUUAAAUAAAGGAUCUUUUAUAUAGUAAAAUAUUUAUUUUUAUGUUUUGUUUCAAGAUUUUAUUCUAGUCAAAUUAUAUUAUAAUGAUUUAUUUAAAAUAUCUGUUGGAACCCUUCUCAAUCAUUGAAUUCUAAUAUUUAUUGAUUUAAAGUAUGUGUACAAUUCACUGUACACUGUACGGAUCUCUGUAUGUGUACAAUUCCCUGUAGACUGUACGGAUAUCUGUAUGUCAAUUCACUGUACACUGUAAGAAUCUCUGUAUUUGUAUAAUUCAUUUUACACUGUACAGAUAUCUGUAUGCUUUUCACUGUACGGCAAAGUGGGCAAAAAACAUCAAAUUCACGACAAUGUACAGCUCAUUUUCACCGCUCAGAAAGUUGAUUGUACAGAUCACUUUGCUUUAUAACCCACUUUACAUUUUCAAGUCAGUGUACAGUUUAUUAUGAAUUCUGUGUAGUAGUUUGUCCACUUUGCAGCUCACUGUGCGCUGAACAGCUGAAUUUACACUGUACAGAAGACUACACACUGCAAAGUAAACUGUACACUGUAUAGUUCUCCAUGCAGUGUAAACUGUACAUUGUAUUGUCUGCUGCAGUGUAUAGUGCAGUGUACAGUAUACUGCAGAGUGUACUGUAAAGCAUACUGUACAGUACAUAGAGAAUCCGUUAACCGAAAGUCAAAUGACUUUAAAGAUUCCAAAUUUUUUUAAAUGAUGAUUUGAUGAAACCAAUGAAUGGGAAGUGGAACCUCAAAGGUUUGGUUCCUUAUCUCCGGUUCUCUGAACCCUGUCUCGGAAAACUUCUGAAGAGUUUUGUAUCUGAACCUUGAUAAAGAUCUGAGAGAGGGAACCUUUACCUGGUUUUAUCUAUAAAUAAAGUUUGUUCUUUGGUGCUAAUAUAAUUAUCAUUUAC